AUGUCGAUGAUGAGAGUCGCAGUCGCUGGGACAUGCGGACUAGCACGCCUUAUCGCGUACUUCAUACAACAGGACACAGGCCAUCAGGUGGUCUUGUUGUCGAGGCAGGAGCGGCCAGAGCUUAGCCAAGAUUAUCAAGUGAGCGUUGUCGACUACAGUAGCCUGCAGUCUCUGCAGUUCGCACUGCGAGGCAUUGAUACUGUCAUCUCCACCGUCACAGGUCAAAAUCAGAUCGAGCUGAUCAGAGCCGCGGUCUCCGUCCGAGUUCGUCGCUUCGCACCCGCGGAGUUUGAAGGUCUACCGGAACUCCGACCGGCCAAUGAUCCACUGGACCGUGGCCGGACGCUUGCCCAGCAAUGGCUACAUUACUAUGCUCAACACAUGCAAUCCACCACAUUCGUUUGCGGCAUCCUGUAUGAGCGAUUUCAGCCUGGCGGCCUCCUGGAAGCAAAGAUAAAUCGCACGCCAGGCUUCGCUUACGAAGGCGACUAUAUGCUAGAUUGCCGCGCCAUGUCUGGCCGAGCUCCUGCGUACAAUGCUGCCAACGCGCCGGACGUUACGAUCUGCAUGACCGCGGCGCAAGAUGUCGGCAAAUUUGUCACCAAGGCUAUCGACAUGCCGCAAUGGCCUCGCCAGCUGAAAAUGUGUGGACAGCGCAUUACGGUGAAGAAUCUGGUACGCCUGAUCCAGCGUACAAAAGGCCAGGUGUUUGAUCCGCUUGUUUGGCACGGUCCAGGCUCUCUGCACUCGGCACUUCAGCUUGCUACAGCAGCGGGCAAUGCAGCAGAGCAGAUACGCUUGCACACAUUGAUAGCGACUGCGGAGGGUCGUUACGACUUUACGCAGCCGGACCUGAACAACAGGUUUCCGGAAGUACAGACAAUCCCGUUUCGGACAUGGUUCAUUAUGAUGUGGAGGAUCCAAGGCUGA